AUGAUUCAUGCGGUUGUUAUGGCGCUUUUUCACAAUAAGAUCUCCAGAGUAACACUAGGAAGUACGCCACAGGGUGCCGUGUCGUUACCUGUGGCGCAGUGGCUGAAACCUAUGCUUGAGUCAAACACUUCACUCACUACAGUUACUCUUCACACACAAUACAUCCCACCGGAAUCACUUAAGGUCGUAUUACUCGGUGCGUCACGCUGUCGAGGCCUUCAGUAUCUUCGGUUGGUUGGUGGCAUCAGUGUCUUACAGUCUAAGGUGUUGAUGUCGGCCCUGGCUCACUUCACACUUUCCUACAGACCCUCCAGGCCAUCUACUGACGCGCGAUGCAGAGUUCCCAACGGUGAAGAGUACUCGCAUGCCCAACGCGUGGCUCAGCCGUCACCAUCAGGGGCACCGGAGAGGGAAAAUGGGCGUUUUGCACUCAAAGCCUGUGAGGCACAACGGGCCAACGACAUGGACAUGUGCUGUAACCCUAUAUACCAGAGACUGUGCUCUCCAGCUCUCCUGAACGCAAGGGCCGCAGGGCCACCGUCACCGUGCAUCCGACAACAUAACGGCGUACAUGUAGUAUUGGACGUGCAGCACAUGGAUGAUGUUGUUGCUGCUUUCCUUGUAAGAGGGUUGGAACGAGCGGAACGUGUUAUCGGUCUCGAUGUUCAUGUCAGUUCUGUUUCGCAGACUGCUAGCCGUGCUGCUGCACGCCUCCUGUCGCGCACAGAGUCCAUCAUCAAGCUGAACGCGGAGCGUCUGGGUCACCUACUUGCUCGAUGUCCAUCACCUGUACCACAGAAAAAGUCGUCGCGACGCCAUGCAGAGAAUGCGGUAAGGUUAGGCACCUCGCCACACUCCCCGCUUUGUCGGCCGAACGCCGGGGCUGACGGUGGUCCCCCGCGUCCCCCCACCGCCAACCCUCAAAGUCUGCCAACUCGGCGAUAUUCCCCGCCACGGCUCCUCCCCGAGCAUCCUUGUGAGCCACACUCUCCCCCACCCCGGCCACUGGGGGCGGGUGCUCCUCACCGACUCUUCAGCACCCCAAGCGUUACGUUUACUGCCGAUGGUGACUGCGCGGAGGAGGAGUCCGAUGACAACACACUGACUGGCGGGGAAGGAAGAGGUGAAGGGGAUAAGGAAGAAUAUGAGGAAAUACGAGAAGCGAAUAAGGAAUGUGAGUCUGCCCCACCCAACAACCGUGUUUCCCCCAAUACGGAUAUUGUGGCUUGCCCUUUUCAGAAACUUGAACAGAAGAAGGUUGAGGUGUGGGGGUCGAGGUCGACCGUUCCGGGUUCGCCGAGUCCAUGUUACAAACCCCAUGCACCGUUACAUCAACCGCCUUCUCACCAGGGGCAGUUGGUGCAGCAUAUGCGUCACAUGCGUAAUUACGUGAAGGACAUUAACUCAGUUGUAGUGCGCUAUCAGGUGGGCAGUCGGGAGACCGUUCAAAGAAUGGUAACAGCAAUGCAGCAACUCGAAGAGCAGUUAACACAGAGUGUCACUGAAAAGUUGACGGAUAUGUUGGUGACCAUUUCGGAGGUUGAAAGGCCGGAGACCUAG